AUGAAGGAGCAGGUUUUGGAGACUGACAGUGUCAACUUGGAGGUGGUGACAUGUGUUCCAGGUGUCAACUUCACUCAUGUGUACUCCAACAACUGUGUUGAGAUCUUUAACAUGCUCAGGAUUGAAGCUGCUCACACAGUGAGCAAGGAAGUGCUUAUGGAAAUCACUCAUCAUGGCAUUAACCAUGCUGACACUGGUGCCCUGAUGCAUUGCCCAUUUGAGGAAAUGGUGGAGAUUUUGAUGGAAGCUGCUGCUGUUGGUGGAAAGGAUGAUUGUCACAGCAUUGCAGAAAAUGUUAUAUUCAGCCAGCUUGCACCUAUGGGUACAGGUGUGUUCUAG